AUGCUCACCAACGUUUUCGCUGUCACGGCAGCUAUGGCCGCCACCGCCUCUGCUUUCGACUGCAGCGGCCACUAUUUCAGCUUCUUCAACCGCGCUGGACCAAUGUCCUAUCAGCGCGUUGAUCCCGCCCUCUUCCCUGGAGCCGCGAGCCCUCAUAUUCACUCGUUCGAUGGCGGAAAUGCAGUCAGUGCGUCUUCGACCUUUGACACCCAAAUGGGUUCGACCUGCACCACUGCCCGUAUCAAGCCUGACAAGUCCUUGUACUGGCGUCCUACACUCUUCUGGAACGGCAACAACACUGGUUUCUACCGUGUACCUGAAAAGGCUGCCAAGGUCUACUACAAGUCUGGCGAUGGCUCUGCGUGGGCCAACGUCACCGAGUUUCCUGAAGACUUCAACAUGAUCGCUGGUGACCCAGCCAAGCGCGCUGAUGGCGACAACCCUGGCGGUGUUCGCUGGGCCUGCCACCAGGCCAACGGUGGUGACAACAGCAUCUUCACCAACGGCUUCCCCAGUGGCUUCCAGUCUUGCGAAUACGGUUUCGCAAGCGAAGUCACAUUCCCUUCGUGCUGGAACGGUCAGAAGCUUGAUCCCAGCAAACCCAGUGCUCACAUGGCUUACCCCAGCAACGCUGGCGUUGGUAUCGAGAACUGCCCUACCACCCAUCGCGCUGCUCGCUUCCCAACCAUUUUCAUGGAGUUCUGGUACGACGUCUCAUCCUUCAACGGCCAGUACAGCUCUAGCUCCACGCCGUGGGUUCUGUCCAACGGCGACCCAACUGGAUACAGCAUGCACGCCGACUUCCUCAACGGCUGGGAGAAGGGUGUUCUGGCCAAGGCUACUGGUGAGACCGGCGGUUGCAACUGCGGCUGCGCGUGCGGCAACGAUGAGAUGAAGCAGUGCUUUGGCGCCGAAAACGUCAACGAUGAUGGCGAUUCGAGCUUCGCCGAGUGCUCUGCUAGCAAGAGCGACGCUAUUGCUAAGCUCGACAAACUCCCUGGUUGCAACCCCAUCCAGUCUGGUCCUGCUCGUGCUACCGUGGUUUCUGGUGCUGGGUGCGAUGCUACGCAGGUGGCUUCUUCCGUUGCAAGUGCAACCAGUGCUGUCAUCUCGGAAGUAGCAUCCGCUAUCCCAUCAGCCUACUCCGAAGCCUUCUCCGUCACCGUGCCCGCUGGAGCAUCAGUCACUGCCUCGGCCAAGACCUCUUCCAGCCGCACUCGUCGUAUCCGCACCAGCAGUGCCGCUAUCAGCAUCAGCCUCGCUAACAAGGGCAAUGCCAACGACUACGCGUACCCAACCGCCGCUGCUGACACCUCCUCGGCCCACUAUCCCUACCCCAGCGCCAACUCUUCCAGCAUCGCCCCCACCCCCACCGGUCGCUACUCUUCGUCCCCAGUCCACGCUAGCACCAAGGCUCACGGCCACAACCACAGCAGGUUCCACAAGACGACAGCUGCGGAGCCCAGCAACACCGCUUACCCCCUCACUCCUUCGAACCACUCCAACAACGACACUGGUGGGAAGGCGCCUUGCAACGCUUCUGUCACCGUUACGUACACUUCCACUGUCUACGUAACUGCCGCUGCCAACAAGACUGCACGGGAGGGCACGACCGUCACGCAGACGAGCACUGUCACCGCGCCGUCCACAAUCAAAGCAGCUGCCAGCGGGUACGGGUCCUAG